AUAUUUUGUGAAGAAAUGAAAACAAAACUCCAGUCCUACAAGUCUUUCAAAAUUGCUGUAGAUGUUGGUAAUAAGGAUAACAUUAUCAAACCAGAGUUAUGGCCUGAAGGUUUACGCAUAUGUGCCGCAGACAAUAAGCAUGUAGCUGGAAAAGGAACAUAUGAAAGACAAGGCUAUAUUUAUUCUACGCUUGCUGGAAUUCUUCACCUGGUUAAACAAAAAGAAGAAGGAUUUGUUAUUGAAGUUCACAGUAGCAAUGAACAGAGCGUUGUACCCGUUCCUGGAAAUAUAGUCACUGCUAAGGUUAUGACUAUCAAUUUAAGGAUGGCAAUUUGCCAGAUCAGAUGCAUAGGAGAUACGGUUCUAAGUCAACCCUACAGAGGAAUACUUAGAAGAGAAGACAUUCGGGCUACAGAGAAGGACAAAGUAGAGGUGUACAAUUCAGUGAGGCCUGGUGACAUCAUCCUAGCUAGGGUUCUUCCAGUGAAUGAGGUGCAGAGCUACCAGCUAUCAACUGCCGAGAAUGAACUUGGAGUAGUCAUAGCACACACAUCAGCCGGAGUUCCCAUGAUACCAAUCAGUUGGGAUCAAAUGCAGUGUCCAAAAACGUACGUAAAAGAAAAUAGGAAAGUAGCAAAAAUCGUUCCCGAAGACAUAGUUGUAGACUAGAAAAAUCCAUCUAAAUCAUAUUUUUUACUUGACUAUUUAAAUGUGUUGUAAUUAACUGACUACUAAAACUCUAUUGUACCUCAAUAAAACCUUAUGUCUGGAAUCAUGAA